CAGAGGAACUGAGCCUCGGUCUCCUGUGCAGCGCGCGCACCGCUCCCGCUUCGCUCCGCUCCCGCAGGGUCCGCCGCCGCCGCCGCCAUGGCCCAAGCCGACAUCGCGCUGAUUGGACUCGCUGUCAUGGGCCAGAACUUAAUUUUGAACAUGAACGACCACGGCUUCGUGGUCUGUGCUUUUAAUAGGACAGUCUCCAAAGUUGAUGAUUUCUUGGCCAAUGAGGCAAAGGGAACCAAGGUGAUUGGUGCUCACUCCUUGAAGGAGAUGGUCUCCAAGCUGAAGAAGCCUCGGCGGAUCAUCCUGCUUGUGAAGGCUGGGCAGGCUGUUGAUGAUUUCAUUGAGAAAUUGGUACCGUUGUUGGACACCGGUGACAUCAUCAUUGAUGGGGGAAAUUCUGAAUACAGGGACACCACAAGACGGUGUCAAGACCUCAAGGCCAAGGGAAUCCUGUUUGUGGGGAGCGGCGUUAGUGGUGGCGAGGACGGGGCCCGGUAUGGCCCAUCACUCAUGCCCGGAGGGAACAAAGAAGCCUGGCCCCACAUCAAGACCAUCUUCCAGGGCAUCGCUGCGAAAGUGGGAACCGGAGAGCCCUGCUGUGACUGGGUGGGAGAAGAGGGGGCCGGGCACUUUGUGAAGAUGGUGCACAAUGGGAUCGAAUACGGCGACAUGCAGCUGAUCUGUGAGGCCUACCACCUGAUGAAGGACGUCCUGGGCAUGGAGCACGACGAGAUGGCCCGGGCAUUUGAGGACUGGAACAAGACAGAACUAGACUCGUUCCUGAUUGAGAUCACCGCCAAUAUCCUCAAGUUCCAAGACAGCGACGGCACGCCCCUGCUGCCCAAGAUCAGGGACAGCGCGGGGCAGAAGGGCACGGGGAAGUGGACGGCCAUCUCGGCCCUGGAGUACGGCGUGCCUGUCACCCUCAUCGGAGAAGCGGUCUUUGCCCGAUGCUUGUCGUCGCUGAAGGACGAGAGGAUUCAAGCCAGCAGGAAGCUGCAGGGCCCUCCAAAGACGCAGUUCAAAGGUGAUAAGAAGUCAUUCCUGGAGGACAUUCGAAAGGCCCUCUACGCUUCCAAGAUCAUCUCCUACGCCCAAGGCUUUAUGCUGCUGAGACAGGCAGCCACCGAAUUUGGCUGGACCCUCAACUAUGGUGGCAUCGCCUUGAUGUGGAGGGGCGGCUGCAUCAUCAGAAGCGUGUUCCUGGGAAAGAUAAAAGAUGCAUUUGACCGAAACCCAGACCUUCAGAACCUUCUGCUGGACGACUUCUUCAAGUCGGCCGUGGAGAGCUGCCAGGACUCCUGGCGGCGGACCAUCAGCACUGGGGUGCAGGCGGGCAUCCCCAUGCCCUGCUUCACCACUGCCCUCUCCUUCUAUGACGGAUACAGACACGACAUGCUGCCAGCCAACCUGAUCCAGGCUCAGCGGGACUACUUUGGAGCUCACACCUAUGAACUCUUAGCCAAACCAGGGAAGUUUAUCCACACUAACUGGACAGGCCACGGGGGCAGCGUGGCCUCGUCUUCAUACAACGCCUAACCACACCCGUGCCACCCACCACGAUGCCAGAGACAGGGACAUUCCACUUGCCACCCAGCACUGCUUACACGGCCCUUUGCCUUACUUUCUGCUCAGAUCUUUUAGAGUAAAGCGUCAUAGAGACUCCCGAACAAGUCAGCCUGAGCUCACUCAUGGAGCAGUCCUGUGAGAACCGCCACUCCCUCUGCCCUCGCCUCCCAGGGCUGACCGGGAAUUGUCAUGUGCUCGGUAGCAGGAGCCUCCUCCUGAAGCUGUCGCUGUCCGCUGGAUCAGGGAGGCCCCCUGAGUUUACCUGGACCAAGAGAUCACAGAGAAGGGAAGGGACCCUGUGGAAUCUGCUCAGACCAGAACCUUUGUAUAGUGCAGCCGAAUUCCCUUUUCCUCCACUUAAUAAAAGCUACAGUAUAUUUCA